UCAGGUUCUCAAUCUUUCCUUUCACAUAUUCCUCAUCUUGCUUUAUCUUCUUCCAAGCAAACAUCUCGAAAUACAAAAAAAAAAAAAAAAUGGAGACCAAAACCUCGCUCGAAAUCGAUCCUUAUAUGGAGCGCAAAGCUUUCGACGAGACGAAAGAAGGAGUAAAGGGCCUGGUUGACGCUAAAAUCACUGAAGUCCCACGUAUCUUCCACGCCCCCAAAGAUUCCUUGACCGACAAGAAACCCUCUGUUUCAGACCUAGAGAUCCCUACCAUCGACUUUGCAAGCCUCCACGUGGACACAUCGUCACGUGAAGCCGUCGUAGAGAAGGUUAAAUACGCGGCGGAGAAGUGGGGAUUCUUCCAGGUGAUCAACCAUGGUGUUCCUUUGAACGUUCUUGAAGAGAUUCAAGAUGCAGUUCGUAGGUUUCACGAGGAAGAUCCUGAGGUCAAGAAACGAUAUUUCUCGCGUGAUCUCGCCAACAGAAAAUUUGUCUACAAUAGUAACUUCGAUCUAUACAGUUCCUCGCCAUCUGUUAACUGGAGAGAUACUUUCGCUUGUUUCAUAGCUCCAGAUCCUCCCUCUCCUGAAGAACUCCCAGUGACUUGCAGGGAUGCAAUGUUUGAAUACUCAAAACAUGUGAUGAGUUUAGGUUGUUUACUCUUUGAGCUUCUCUCAGAAGCACUAGGUUUGGAAUCUGAUACCCUUAAGAGCAAGGAGUGCUUGAAGACUUUGUUUAUGGUCUGCCAUUAUUACCCACCUUGUCCACAACCUGACCUAACUUUGGGGAUAAGUAAACACUCAGACAACUCCUUCCUCACGGUUCUUCUUCAAGACAACAUCGGUGGUCUACAAAUUCUUCAUCAAGACUCUUGGGUUGAUGUGGCUCCUCUUCCUGGAGCUCUCAUCAUCAACAUUGGAGAUUUCUUGCAGCUGAUAACAAACGACAAGUUUGUAAGUGUGGAGCAUAGGGUGCUUGCGAAUAGACAAGGGCCAAGGAUUUCAGUUGCAAGCUUUUUUAGCUCAAGUAAACAUGCCAACUCCACAGUUUAUGGACCAAUGAAAGAGCUCGUGUCUGAAGAAAACCCUCCAAAAUACAGAGACAUAACCAUAAAAGAAUACACAGAUGGAUACUUUGAGAAAGGUCUGGAUGGAACAUCGUAUCUCUUGAAUUUCAGGAUAUGAUAACAAAACUGCAGAAAAAGAUAUUUAUGUUGUUUCUUAGCAUCAGUUACUCUUUUCUUGGAUCUGCAUAAUUAAUCUAGUGUACCAAAUAGUGUGAGUGUGCGGAUGUAUCAGACUCUAUGUGUGGAUCUUUCUACUUUCGUUAUAUUAAUAAGACUAUACAUAAGUGGA